AUGAGCAAAACAGCAAGGAGUCCAACGUUGGGAGUGGGACUGAGCUUAUCCCCACCAAGGGUGACAACCUCGUCAAAAUCUGCUGACGUGUCAACAGAAUCUCCGACAUCAUCAUCAUCGACAAGUGGUAUUCAUUCAUCGGAGGGAUCAUGUGUUUCUUGUGACGGUCCAGAGGUAACAAAAGCCAUGCUUCUCGUAGGUUGUACUCGAUGCCUUAUGUAUGUUAUGUUGCCAGAAAUUGAUCCCAAAUGCCCCAAAUGUAAGAGUACUGUGUUGCUUGAUUUCCUUAAUAACGAGGAAAAUACUAGUAAGAAGACAAGCAUCUAG